CUCUGGACGACGUUCUUGCAUUUAAAAGCCAAGUACUGUGGCUGUUAUUCAAUAUUAUGACACCGUUGAAGUGUAAGAGGGCAGCAUAUCAAGAAAAUCAGAUAUUAUUUCUCAGAGUGGACGGCAAGUGGCAGCCAGAGAAUGGCUCAAAUGUUGGGGCUUCUCUCGACGGCUGCUUUGCCUUUACGGAUUGCAGUAAAACCUUGUGUACGCAGUUCAGUGGUGUCGGCAAAGAAUGUAUCUGUGCAGCCCGUCUACCGUGGCUGUUCUGUCAGGAUUCUUGCACAAAAUAAAUUGUCAUCUCAUGGAUUAUAUUCAUCUCAUGGACUACUUUACUCUGAGCCUCCAAAAGGGAAGGAAUCACGUUGCAGGGGAGGCCAUCAAAGUGGCAGGAAAAGAGCAGGGGGAAAUUGGUGGAGCCGCAUGAAGAAGGGAGACAUCCCAUGGGAUGAGAAGGAGUUCCGCGCCCUGGCAAUGUUAGUAACUGGGAUAUCAUCUGCCGCACUCUACAAUCAGUUCAGUGACACAGCCAAGGAGAUCACCUGGAAGGACUUUGUCCAUCAUUACCUUGGCAGAGGAAUGGUUGACCGUUUAGUGGUUGUCAACAAACAGUAUGUGAGAGUCAUUCCAUUACCAGGAGCUGAUGAGAGCCAUGUGUGGUUUAACAUCGGUAGUGUGGACACCUUCGAGAGGAACUUGGCGGCGGCUCACGAUGAGCUGGGCGUGGAGUCCUCUCAUAGGGCAGCUGUUGUGUACAGCUCAAACCGUUACUGGACAUUAUUAAUGCACGUGAUCCCCACCCUGGGGUUGAUUGGUUUCCUGCUCUUUUCCCUGCGACGGAGACCAAUGAGAGGUGGUGAUUGGACCGCUAACACCCCAUCCAGCAUAAGGGAAUCACCAGCGAAGAUGAUGGACAACAUAAACACCAAGUUCAAGGAUGUUGCCGGCUGUGAGGAGGCCAAGCUGGAGAUCAUGGAGUUUGUUAACUUCCUGAAGAACCCCCAGCAGUACCUGACCCUGGGGGCCAAGAUCCCGAAGGGUGCUGUGCUCUCUGGACCUCCAGGCACAGGCAAGACCCUGCUGGCCAAAGCCACAGCAGGAGAAGCCAACGUCCCCUUCAUCACAGUCAAUGGCUCAGAGUUCCUGGAGAUGUUUGUGGGUGUUGGGCCUGCCAGGGUGAGAGGCAUGUUUACCUUGGCCCGGAAGAAUGCCCCUUGUAUCCUGUUCAUAGAUGAGAUAGACGCGGUGGGCCGCAAGAGGGGUGGGGUAGAUUUUGGGGGCCAGAGUGAGCUUGAGAACACUCUCAACCAGCUGCUAGUGGAGAUGGAUGGGUUCGAUACCAGCACUAACGUGGUUGUCCUGGCGGGUACCAACAGACCGGACAUCUUGGAUCCUGCACUCACGAGGCCUGGUAGAUUUGACAGGCAGAUAUACAUAGGCCCACCUGACAUCAAAGGCAGAGCGUCCAUCUUCAAAGUGCACUUACAGCCCAUUAAACUGGACCCUGCUAUGGCCAAAGAUGAAUUGGCCAGGAAGAUGGCUGCCGCCACACCAGGCUUCACUGGAGCCGACAUAGCUAACGUGUGCAACGAAGCUGCCCUAAUCGCUGCUAGACACCUCAACCCACAUGUGGAAGGAAAACACUUUGAGCAGGCCAUCGACAGGGUCGUCGGCGGUCUUGAGAAGAAGACCCAGGUGCUGCAGCCCAAUGAAAAGAAGACUUUAGCAUACCAUGAGGCUGGACAUGCAAUAGUGGGCUGGUUCUUGGAACAUGCUGACCCACUGCUGAAGGUGUCCAUCAUCCCCAGAGGGAAGGGGUUAGGGUAUGCCCACUACAUUUCCAAGGAGCAGUACCUGUACACGCGGGAGCAGCUGUUAGACAGGAUGUGUAUGAUGCUGGGAGGACGUGUGGCUGAACAGGUCUUCUUUGAGAAAAUCACCACAGGAGCUCAAGAUGACCUGAAGAAGGUCACCCAGUCAGCCUAUGCACAGGUAGUGCAGUUCGGGAUGAGUGAGAAGGUAGGCCAUGUGUCGUUUGACCUGGGGGAGAUUGCGAUGAUUAAACCUUACAGCGAGGCCACGGCAGAGCUCAUAGACCAGGAGGUCCGAGACCUGGUGGACAGCGCCUACCAGAGGACCAUGGAGCUCAUUAUGGACAAGAGGGAGUGUGUGGACAUGGUGGGAAAGUAUCUCCUAGCGAAGGAGGUCCUGUACAAGGCGGAGCUGCUGGAGCUGCUGGGGCCACGGCCGUUUAAGGAGAAGCUGACAUAUGAGGAGUUUGUGGAGGGGACUGGCAGUUUUGAAGAGUACACCAGCCUGCCAGAGGGCAUGAUGGACUGGAACCAGGAUAGUGAAUGGAGCUGAGGAGCCUACCCCAGUUAAGGAGAAACAGGACCAAUAGGCAGGACAUCCAGUGACUGGUGACCUCUUAACCUAAAACCUGUCUCAGCACAACACGCAUCACUUCAAUCAUGUAGCCUAGGCAGAAGGGAAAUGGGCACUGAAUCUUUUUUUUCCUCAAAUGUUUUAUGAGAUUGGAGAACAUAUUUGGAGUGAUUUUAGACUCUUACUCCAUAUUGAAUCUUCCCAGAUCAUUGAUAUUCUUUGUCUGCCCUCAAUUCAAACCACAGAUUUUUGAAUGGGGUUCAAGUCCGGAUACUGAGUUGGCCAUGUCAAAAUGUUGAUUUUUGUGGUCAAUUAACCAUUUUCUUUUGUGUGUGCUUGGGGUUAUUGUCUUGCUGGAAGAUCCACUUGUGGCCAAAUUCAAGCCUCCUGACAGAGGCAACCAGGUUUUUGGCUAAAAUGUCCUGGUACUGAGUGAAUUUCACUGCACCAUUGGCCUUUAAUAUUAUACACAAGGUAUGGGUUUCAUUCUUUUGACACCAAAGCACCACGGGUGUGCGUGGCCAAACAGCCUCAGAAUUUUUAUCUUUUCUCAUCUUUAUCAAGGGUGCCUAUAAUUUUGGACCUGACUGGACAUCUGCACCAUAAGACCAGAUUGUUUUGAUAUGUUCAGCUAUUGUAUUUAAAAAGGGACUUCCUCCCUGUAAAAUGAAAUUCACAACUGUAUUUGUUUCCUUCCCUCAAAUGAAGGCUAGAUUUCUAAUCUUGUUCAUCUUUAUCUACCAAUGACAGAGUUACUGGUUAUGAAAGAUGCACUGCUUAGAGUAUUAAUAUCGUAGUUCAUCAAAAUGCCAGAAAUAUACUUCUUUAGAUGUGUGGAAAUUUGCCCUGCCUCCAUCUCUCAGGCUUUCAAUUGUAAGGUGUGAAAGCUUAAAGGGAUACUUCAGGAUUUUGGCAAUGGAGCCCUUAAUUUAGUUUCCAGAGUUGGAUUAAUUGUCUGAUUGCAGUUUGAAGAAAGUUGCUAACUAGCAUUAGUGCAAUGCCUGGAAGUCUAUGGUAACUGCUAGCAUGCUAGUAGAUCCCAUAGACUUCCAGUCAUUGCACUAAUGCUAGUUAGCAUUGGCUCACAAAACUACCUCUAACUUCUUUCAUACUGGAUGCAGAGACAUAAAUGGUGUCCGUGAGUUCGUCAGACUCCAGCGACUUAGACAAAGGGCUUCAUUGUUCAAAAUCCCGAAGUAUCCCUUUGACCACAAAUUAUAACUGACUAUGCUCAGCGAGUUUGUUUUUAAGGAUGCUAUGCUUCUCCAGGAGAGUGCUGUUGAAAAAUGUACAGUAGCGCACAUCUCCUACAGAAUUAUAAACUAUUUGCUACCUCACUUCAAAGCGACGUAUUAAACUCAAUUGCCUUCGUAUAGGUUUGAAAAUUUCCUGUCAGCACUACAAAUGUUUCCAUUUUAACUAACCAGCACAGAAGAUUCCUAAUAGUUUAUAAUUAUUGAUUUAAUACUCCAGUAUUGUAAAUAUGUAUGUGUAGUUGCUGGUGGUUUUGGAUUAUGUGCACUUACCACUUUAACAGGCAAAUUUACCUUAUGUUCUCCAAUUACUGGGGGACAGAAAGUAGUUGUCCAUUUGGAUUAAAAAUAAGAUUCUGUGUAUGAAGGCAAUGGGUAUACUACCAUGUAUAAAGCAUGUUUUUGAUUCCUCUGCUUGCUGCCACCAACCAUCUGCUUGUAAUUUCAACUUUUAAUGUUACUUUCAAUAAACUGUUUGCAUUUGA